AAAAAACUAAAGAGAGAGACUAGACUUGCUCUUCUUCAUCGUCUUCUCCUUCUGUGGAAAUUAAAUUUUUGUUUUUUGGAAAAAAAAUCGCCCAGUUUCCAUUUUCGUCGCGCAUUUAACUCAAAUCAUAACGCUAAACUCUCUGAAUCACACGGAGGCUUCGUCGGAUUAUUAUUUCACAAGCUAACUCUCUUCUUCUCCAGGGUUGUUUAGAUAUUUUACUAUCGAUCGGAGCUCAUUACCAAACCCUAAUUUUUGCCCCGUUGAUGAUGGCCUCCGCCGCUUCUUCUACGAGCGAGAAUCGCGGCAGCCCCGCGCAAUCACGCCGUCCCUCUCCGUGGAGUCAGAUCGUCCGCGGCGAAUCAGAGCCGCGGACGAUCUCCUCCUCCGCCGCUCCUUCCUCUCCUCAACGCAGAGAUCCGAUUCCUUCUGCGUCCGUUGCUCCUCCACCUGCUCCGGUUGCCGGAGACGAUAGAUCGGAGGAGUCUGGUGGUGCUCAGGGAAAUGCAGGGAAGAAGCCUGUUUGGAAAAGGCCAUCUAAUGGUGCUUCUUCUGAGGCUGGACCUGUCAUGGGAGCUUCGUCGUGGCCUGCUCUUUCGGAGACUACCAAAGCUCCCUCCAGCAAAUCUUCCUCCGAUUCGUUAAAGAGUCUCGGCGAUGUACCUUCUUCCUCAUCGGUGGUGGUUACCGUUUCUCAGGGAAAUGCAAAUGCUUCUGUUCCUGCACCAAAGCAAGGUGGUCGUGCAAACCCUAACCCAACACCAAACACCUCGCGCCAGAGAUCAUUUAAACGGAAUAACAGCGCUUCUGGAUCCGCUGCUAAUGGUUCUAAUUCUCAACCAUCGCCGCAAGGUCCACUUGUCGAAACGCCUUCGCACAACCCUUCUCCUAGAGGUCAAAACCAGAGGAAUGGCUCUGCAUCGCAAACCCACGGUGGUGGUAGUGACAGCUUUUCACCACGAGACUCUCACAGGAACCAGAAUGGUAACCAUCACCACCACCACCAGAGUCAUGGUGGCAGGCGCAACCAGGAGCACGGGAAUCAAAACUGGAAUUUCAGCAGAAGCUUUAAUGGGAGAGCACAUUCACAAAGAGGUGCCCCAGCAUUUGUAAGACAUCAACCUCCACAUAUUCAGUCAAUUCCUCCUCAGUUUAUGGCAGCUCAGCCUAUUCAGCCUUUUGGCGGGCCUGUGCCUUUCCCUUCUGAAUUGGCAUCUCCAUAUUAUCCCCGUAUGCCUUUCAUCGGCCCUCUCUCGCCUGGUCCAGUCUUUUACCAAGUCCAAGAUCCUCCUCUAAACGUUAAACUACAGAAGCAAGUACAUUAUUAUUUUAGUGAAGAGAAUUUGAUUAGAGACACGUAUCUUCGUGGGCACAUGGAUGAUCAGGGUUUUGUUCCGCUACAUGUGAUUGCUGGUUUCAAAAAGGUUGCAGAACUUACAGAUAGUAUACAGCAAAUAGUGGAGGCUCUACAAGGUUCACCAUUUGUUGAAGUGCAGGGUGACAGAAUAAGGAAGCGCUAUAAUUGGCAACAUUGGUUGCUUCCUGAAGAUGCGAGCCUUCAGUUUGUUGAUGCAGUAGCAAGCGGAGUUGGAAACUUGUCGAUUGGUCAGAGCUCGCCGGAUCCAAUUGGUGGUCCAAGCAGCCAGUUGCAACCUGCGGGAGCAGAAAACAAAGCUGCUUCAGAUGGUCAGCAGCAGUUUUCUGUUGUUAAUCCAGUGAACAACCUCAAUGGCUCAAAUGGUGCAAACCGUUGAACCAUCAUGUUUGGAGCUGUUGGUUAGUGUUGGACAUGAAAUAUAUUAUUUUGUCCUGCUCGGAGUCAGGAAAAAACAAAAAUGAAGGGGGAUCAAAAAAGAGAGAGUAAAAGGUAAGGCAUAAAACCAAAAAGAGAAGAGACCCCACAUGAAAAAAGAAUCAAACAUUUCAUAAACUUUGGCAUAUUUAUGGUUUCUUUUCUUCUUGGUUUUGGAUGUUUUUUGGAUGCUAGUAACUUUUUUUGUGUGUUAAUGCUUACUUUGCUACAUAUGAUGGUCAUUGACAGUUGCUUGGAAACCAUUGUUAUGGUCUUGGGAUUUA